UAUAUAGGCUGCAGUCAGCUCUCCUCCGCACUCUGACUGCUACAAGCACAACAAGCAACAUGAAUCCUCUGAACUUCCUGGUGUUCUUUGCUGCGGGAUGCAUGGCUGUUCCCUCAAACCCUGUGGUGCUUCCCCUGACCAGCGGGCUGCACUACCCCGGGGCCGUUCCUUUGGUUUCCACGCCCUUGAGGACUGUCCCUGUGGCUCCUCCUGCCGUGGUUCCCAGCCCCUUCGUGGCUCCAACUGUUGCCGCUCCCCUCCCCAUUGUGUACAACUCAGCUCUCGGCGCCCCUUCGGUGUACGCUCAGGUUGCUAUUCCCGACGCCGCGGGAUCUGCAACCUACGGCCUGUUCAACCUUCAGCCUGUGCCUUCGUCAGGAAAUGUUCCUGACGACUGCACUGUGGUCAAAAUCUUGGGCAAGGAAUGGUUCAUGGUUUGCAAGAAUAAUUAAUUUGUCAUUCUUAACUCCUUCAGUGUGUCACGUAUCGCGUUAUUUAUACUUGAAAGAUUUGAUAAGAAUUUUAAAAUGAAUUUGAUCAAAAUCAGAGGGUGAUGUCUUAGUCUGGCCACUUCGGUACGUUUUCUGGAAUGUAAAGUUUCAAUGUUAUUUAUUUGUGUAUAGUAUAUAAGAAAUACAUUUUUUAUAAAUC